CUAUAAUCUUAUUUUGGGAAAAUCCUCAUAAUUCAUCAAACAGUUGACGCACUACCAAUGAUCCUGUUAUUCCUGUGCUGUUUUAAAAUCACAUGCUGUGAUUUUCAAAUUCAACAAGGGUGAAAAACAUUUUCUGAACAAUAUUCGGAUCGAUGCCCAAGAGAUAUAAUAAAAACAAAAUUAGGCAACAAGACAAUAACAGAAAUGGAAAACAGCCGGUGGUGACUCCGCAGGGGUAGGCUCAUGUGCUUCCCACCCACGUGCACUCCCGUGUUUCCUCUUUUAAUAUUACGGAAGUAUAUUGGUUUUCUCUGUCCCAGAUUUCUUUUCAUACUUUAGGCCCCAACACCUUCCAACUUUCAGCCAGUGACUUCAUUCUCUCACCUUCUUUCUUAAUACAGAAAAUAUUAAUUUCGCAUAAUCAAAAAGAGAAUCAAGGAAGCUUCAAAAAAAAAGAGAGAAUCAAAGACGGAUUCCUUUUCCUUCCAAACAAUUUGAAUCUGUACUUCUCUGUGGUGUGAAUUCUAGUGAUUCCUGGUAUGUUCUUCUCUUAUCUCUGUUUUCUUUCUUCUCUGGGAUUUUCGUUUUUAUCCGCAGAUGUUGAAGAAUGAUUUUCUGUUAACCUCUGUUUUUUAAUUAUUAUGUAUAUAUGAUUAUAUGCGUAUGCAUGUAUGGAAUUAAUUAAUGAUGAUGUGGGGAACAGGGAAAGUUAUCAUCUUUAAAAUUGGGUGGCCAACUUCAAUUUGCAAAAUUAAAUGCUGUGCCUGGACAGAUAUGGUCAUAUGAAGGAUCCAUCCUUAUUCGUAGAUGUUUGAUUAUUUAUUGGGUAUUUAUUCUACUGUUUCCACUUCCAAAUAUUCGUGUGAAAUAAAGCCAUGUGAAUCUCCUCCCAUGCAGAGCUUUUAAUACAAAUUGUAUUCGGAGAGAGUUUGUUUAAAGGUGUACAUAAUGGUGUAUAAUUGCCAAAUGGUGACCUUGCCUAAAGUAUAAAUUCAGCUGGACCUUUACACAAAAUCUUAUAGUGUAUAAUCAAAUUCUUUCAUAUUUCGUGUUAGCCGGGGCCUAAUUGAGCUGCCCCCUACUUAUGCCUCGUGGCCUAGCUUGCGCCUCUUUUUUCCGUAGUAGUUUUGAAUAAAGUUCCUUAGGACAUCUUUAAUGAGAGGUAGAUAAGUUAGUAAGAUCAUGGAUAUAACUAGUUAUUUAGAGCUCGUUUGGUAACAUUGAAAUUGACUGAAUCGGUUGAAUCUGCUCAAAUUGAUGAAGUUUUGGCUGAAACGGCUGAAUGGUCUGAAUCUUUUGAAUGUAGAAAAGUUAUAUUUAAAAUACGGAGGAUUUUAAUUAAUGAAAUAAAGAAAAAAAUAUCUGAAAAAUAACUAAAAUUGUCCUCUACACUAACAUCACCCAAUCCAGUCAGAAAAGAAACUCUACAACAACAACAUCCAAGCCUUAUUUCCAAAAGUAACUAUAACCUUACUUAUUUUGAUUAUUACAUAACUCACCGUGCGAAAUAAAAAAUUAAGUAUUUGAUGAAAAAGUUGGUUGAUAAGGCUCAUAAGUCGAAAGCAGGGGUCAUCAAAAGGGCUCUUAGUUGAAUUCAAUCUUUUAAUGCGAUUUGGUCCAUGUCCAUAGUGUAGUUGUAUAACCUCAUUCCAAUCCCGAAUUCCAUUAACAGAAAUACUUAACUCUCAUAUGUCUUUCAUAAGAUGUUGAUCAUGUUCAAACUUUAUCAUAUUAGCUUCACCUUGUUGUCUAUUGGAGACUUUUAAAUUUACUAGCAUAUUUCACCAUUCAACGCCUUUUUUCCAGUCCAUUGCCACCUUUCUUUUUCAGCUUCUACUAUGGAGUAAGUUUGCUGUGUAUCACCACAUUUAGCUGAUCAGCUCUCAUUUUCAACCUUAUUUAUAUUUGUUGCUUUAUACACAUGAAUCUACAAUGGCUUCACCUAUUUGCAACUCUGAAAUUGAAACCUCCAAUGGUUGAUGUGUUAGAAUUCCUCAUAGAAAAUUACAGAGAGAAUGGUGGUUUAACCCAAGUGCUUUAAGUGACCCCAAACUAAGCCUAAUUUUAUCAUAUUGAUAGAUAAAGGUAUCCAGAUUAUAAAAGAAAGAAAGAAAGAAAGUAAAGAGAUCUAGAGACUGAAAGUUAUGUGUACUAAUGAUUAGAAUGUUAGAGCUUGAAUGCUUAUUAUGGCAACAAUCAAUGCUAACUAAUGUACAAGCAACUCGUGUCCUGUAAUGGUUAAAUGCUAAUGGCGUGUGUCCUUGCCAGGGCGGGGAAUCACGAGUUGACGGUUAUCCAUGAAUCAGAUGCUGAAUUGCUGACGUGUGCCCUUAACUUUGUUCUGGUUGUUCUUGGAUUCUGGUUGCAACUUGAUUCAUAACAGCGGCUCUUGGAUGGAGGAUGUGAAAGUGGAGCAUUUGAAAGAUGAGGAACUUGAAGAAGAGGAUCACCCCUCUCCUUCAGAUAAUUUCAUCCCAACAUCUUCAGUUGAAGAAAACGACACAGAUAAAAUAUCUCAAAGCUCCAUGCUUGAGCAGGAAGCAUUACUUCCAUCCACAGGGAAUCUAGAAUGCUUAUCUAGUAAUAGUUCAGACGUGCUGAAUCUUCCAAAAGAAUCUAUUUUGCCAGAUCAGCUAGUAACAAUAGCCCACAUUGCCUCAGAGUUAUCUACAGAAAUAAUUUCUCCUAAAUGUAUCGCAGAUGUUGCCACCACACUUUCCAUCCCAUCCCAUAUCGCAAGAGAGUCUGAGGGAGACAAUAAUAAUACAAAAAUCAGAGACCAUGAUGAGUUAGAUGCUCAUAGCAGUAGCAGAAGUGAUGGCGCUGAUACAUCAUCCCAUGAAGUGGAAGGGACUGAAAGUGAAAGUUACUCAGAAACAAGAAAAAGUGUUUCUUCUGAGGUUUCUAAAGAAGCUACCAGUCCGGGUAGUGAAAAUGCUCUUAUAAACCGUGGUCAAAUUGACACAACGGCACCUAUUGAAUCAGUGAAGCAAGCUGUUUCUAAAUUCGGUGGUAUUGUUGACUGGAAAGCUCAUCGAGCUCAGACUUUUGAGAGACGGAAGAUUAUUGAUCAAGAACUGGGGAAAGUGCAGGAGGAGAUCCCAUUGUUGAAAAAACAAUGUGAGGCUGCCGAGAAGGCAAAAACGCAAGUCCUGGAGGAUUUGGAUAGCACCAAAAGACUAGUUGAAGAGCUGAAGCUAAACCUGGAGAGAGCACAGACAGAGGAGCAACAAGCUAAACAAGAUUCUGAGCUUGCAAGGCUCAGAGUCGAAGAGAUUGAGCAAGGGAUCACCAAUGAAGCAAGCUUUGCAGCAAAAGUGCAGCUUGAGGUUGCCAGAGCACGGCAUGAGGCUGCAGUUUCUGAGCUGGAAACUGUGAGGGCAGAGUUGCAGAAACUCCGUUCAGAUUAUGCCCUCGCUGUCUCUGAGAGAGAUGAAGCCGUGAAAAAAGCAGAGGAAGCAGUUUCUGCAUCCAGAGGAGUUGAGAAGACAGUGGAGGAUUUGACUAUUGAGGUCAUAACCUUAAAGCAAUCCUUAGAAGCAGCGCAUGCUGCACAUUUGGAGGCGGAAGAACAUAGACUCGGGGCAGCCAUGGCCAGAGAGCAAGAUAUUCUUUACUGGGAGAAAGAAUUAAAAGAGGCAGAAGAGGAGGUGGAGAAGGCAAACCAGCAGAAUCAGUCUGUUAAGGAUCUGAAAUCAAAUCUAGAUACUGCUUCCUCUUUGCUGCUUGAUCUUAAAUUAGAAUUCGCCACUUAUAUGGACUCAAAGAAGCUUCUAAAAACCGAGGAAGAAUCCACUAGGAAGGAGCUCGAAGAGGUGAAACUUAACAUAGAUAAAGCAAUGGAUGAAGUGAACUGCUUAAAAGUGGCGGCCGAUUCAUUAAGGGCAGAACUACAAAACGAAAAGUCCGAACUUUCCGCCAUCCAACAGAGGGAAGCCAUGGCAUCAAUUGCCGUGGCAUCUCUAGAAACCGAGCUGCAGAGGACCAAAUCAGAGAUCUCCAUUGCACAUAUAAAGAAGAAAGAAGCCAUAGAAAGGCUCGUAAAUCUUCCAAAGCAACUCCAAGAGGCGGGGAAAGAGGCUGACCUGGCAAAGUCACUAGCCGAAGCAGCACGCGAAGAGCUGAGGAAAGCAAAGGAGGAAGCAGAGCAAGCAAAGGCAGGAGCUAGAACCGUAGAGAGCAGACUAGUCGCUGCCCAAAAGGAGAUAGAAGCUGCAAAAGCUUCAGAGAGAUUGGCUGUCUUAGCCAUCAAUGCCCUGCAAGAGAGCGGAUCAGGUGGUCAACCCAUCAACGAUCAGGAUUCUCCAAAACAAGUGACGCUCUCUUUAGAAGAAUACUAUGAGCUGAGCAAGCAGGCACAUGAGGCAGAAGAGGAAGCUAACAUGAGAGUGGCUGCUUCCAUCUCCCAAAUUGAGGUGGCCAAGGAGUCGGAGUUGAAGAGCCUGACCAAGCUAGAGGAAGUUAACCGUGAGAUAGCCGGAAGGAGGGAGAGUCUAAGGGUUGCAUUAGAGAAGGCAGAGAAAGCCAAGCAAGGGAAGCUGGCUAUGGAGCAAGAACUAAGAAGAUGGAGGGCUGAGCACGAGGAGAGACGGAAAGCCAAUGAACAGGUUAGGGUCAUGAACCGGACCGUAAGCUCGUCACUGAGUUUUGUGGAGAGAAGUGAAACAAAAGCUGCUGCUUCUAGCCCGAAAGAAUCAUCCGUGCAAGAAAGCAGCAACGACAUAUCCGAUUCAUCUCCUGAAGUGAAGACUGUGAAGAAGAAAAAGAAGUCAUUCUUCCCAAGGUUCUUCAUGUUCUUUAUGAGAAAGAAAGUGGAGUCUAAGUUAGAAUGAUUAGUUAUCUCAAAGAGGAACUAUCAUAGUUUUCUUUGUACAAUAAUUGAUCUUCGGGUACAGCAUAUGCCAAGGUGGAAGAAUAGUAACUUACACAUGUUUGGUGAGGAUUAUGGAGCAGUAAGUCACUCUUGUAAUUACUUUGUGUUUGUUGUAAUGUAUAGUCAUGCUAGUUUUGUCAAGGUAUAAGAAGUAUGGGUUACUUGUAGUUUUUCUUUUUUCACUGGAGUUGUGAAAGAUGACUCACUUGCCCUGCAAUUUUAUAUCAUUGGGCGUGCCAAUUGAAUAUGCGCUUGAUCAGAUAUGAUUAUAUGAAUAAUGUAUGAGAAGUUGGAAUUGAAUGUGCAGAUUCUGGUUGGUGUGGCUUG